GCGAUCUCUUCAUCACAUUGCUGUUGCCAUUUCCGCCGAUCCUAUCGUUAUCUUUAUCUUCAUCUUUAAUGCUAGAAACGUCUUUACCAGCCUGCCUCAUUUUGUUCUUUCUCAACAAUGUCACUUAUGCAUAUAAUGGUGUAACAGAUUCGAUUUAAAGAGGCUAUUUUUACCAGGUUCAUCAUGCUUCUAUUUCUAGGGAGGGUGAUUCAAAGAUGAUCCAAUUUCUCAGUUUUCAACAUUACUGCAUUUGGUGGCAACUUCACAGACAACACUUGCAUAUUAAUUUGAAGGUGCCUGAGACUUUUUCAUUGAAUUAGAUCGUACAUACUUCACUUUCUAAAUCAACAUAUGAGUUAUAUCACUCUUACAAACAACGAAUAUGUUCUAUAGUUAAUGUAUGGAGAUUCUCCUCCUGCUAUUGUGCUUGUUGGUCACAGGUUGUGGAACAGCUAUGGCUUCUCUGGUACACAUGCAGAAAAUCUUAUCAAACAGGAUGCAGCAUUUCUCAAGCAUAGAAAAAGCGGUAGAAUGGAGUGUCAAGCGAGGUUCUUUAAGAAACGUAGAUUCUGCCUGCAUAUCUGUACCUACCACUUUAAAGUAUGAUGAUUCAAAGAAAUGGUAUGAAGGUCUUCCAGAAAAAUUUCUCUCACGUCCUGUUCCGAAACUCUUGCUUUUAGUAGGAACAGAUAGACUGGAUAGGUUAUGUUUAUGAACUUGCAUCAACUUUAACCACAUUAUUAUACAAUCACUUGCAUUUGAAUCAAACAACAUAAUGGAAUCCAUAGCACAGAAUAGAUUUUUUGGAUGAUGUUAAUGUAGAGAAGUGCGUGUUGUGGAAGUUUACUUGUCAUCUUAUUAGCUGCUUUUGUUUCAGUCCUUGAAGUUUACUUGUUUAGUUGUGUUGAACAUUUAGUGUGGCAUAUUUUAUA